AUGACUCAUCAUCUAGUGUUGUCAAAGACAAAAUCCGUUGGUGAUGCAGAUUCCGAUCAAGAUGAACUUCGACAACGUUUAUCAACUCGAGCAAAAAGUUUAUCUCAAAAUGAUAUCACUGAAAAUUUUCCCAAUGACGAAAAGCACGAUUUAAUCGAUGCAGUUCUCGAAGUUCCAACAAAAUGCGUUGAACAAGCAAAAGAAGUUGGCAAAUUCGUUGUCGAUUAUCUUGUUGAUCAUAGCCAUCUUCCAUAUUGGCUUAUUGACAAUGAAUUUUUACUCUCCGGCCAUCGCCCACCAAUGCCAAGUGUUAAACAAUGUUUUGCAUCCAUAUUUCGUUUACAUACAGAAACCGUUAACAUAUGGACGCAUCUAGUGGGCACAUUUAUUUUCGUUGGAAUGGCCAUCUAUUUUCUCACGCAGCCAGCGAGCGAAGUCCAUAUAGAGAAGAAACUAAUUUUUGGUGCAUUUUUUCUUGCUGCCAUUUUAUGUUUACUUUGUUCAACAUUGUAUCAUAUAUUUUAUUGUCAUUCACCUAAAAUUUCAAAGUUUUUUGGAAAACUUGAUUAUUGUGGAAUAGCAAUAUUAAUCAUUGGUUCAGUUGUUCCAUUACUUUAUUAUCAAUUCUAUUGUGAAUUUGGAACAAAAAUUGCGUAUUUAUCAUUAAUUGGUUUAUUAGGCGUAACAUGUAUAGUUAUUUCACUAUGGGAUAGAUUUGCUUCAUCAGAUUAUCGGGUUUAUCGCGUUUUACUAUUCAUUACACUUGGAAUAUUUGGUAUUAUUCCAACUUGUCAUUAUGUAUGUCGACAUGGUUUUGAAUAUGCUUUUACUGCUGGUGCUACUCAAUAUUUACUAUUAGUUGCUGCACUUUAUAUUAUUGGCGCAGGUCUCUAUGCUGCUCGAAUACCGGAACGAUUGGCUCCUGGUCUUUUUGAUAUUUGGUUUCAAAGUCAUCAACUUUUUCAUGUAUUUGUUGUUGCUGCAGCUUGUGUUCAUUACUAUGGGAUCUGCGUUUUAUCACAUAAUCAAACCAGCUAUUUUGGUGAUUGUCGAACAUAUAUUUUAAGUUCAAGUACCGGUUCAUUGGCUUCUCUGAUCAAUUGA